GGCAACGCGGACGGACGUUCUCCGGGAACUUGGACCUCGAUUAGUUUUAGAAAGCUAAAGCUCAGCAACUGCAAAUCGCAAAGAACAUCCAACGCUCGACAUAACCUAAUCACAAUACCAAUUGAUCUCGUUUGCCUUAUAAAGAACAGUAGUGGGAGUGGCCGAAGCCUCGUUAAAUUUAUACAUUGUAUAUUUUCAACUCAAGUGCAAUUUAUAAAUACAUUUUAAACGUUGUGUGUACAUAAUAUCUAAAGACUGACAACCAGUAUAAAUAAAAUUCAGCUCUAAUAUUUAAAAUCCUAAGUCGAACGAAAUUUUAAAAAGUUAAGCUACAAAAGUAAUGUUAGGAAGUGCAAAGAAUGAAAUGGCUUGAGUGAAACUAAACCUUAAUUUGUUAUACAUAUGUAUACCUUCACAUACAUAACAACCUAGGUCAAUAUUGUUUAUAGUGGCGUGUGAUUGUGCGCAAAGAUAACAACAACGAAUGCUAGUUGCCCAGCAGAUAAUAAAUAGCAAUCGCACACACACUCGCACAUUGGACCACACACUCGUCGCCAGAAUAUAUUCACGGAAAUCGGAAAACAACAGCAAAAAACUUUAGAGACGAGCGAAAGAGAGAAGCACGGUUCUAAACUUGAAAAUAAAAAUUUUAUAAUAUCAAAGCGCGAAGGUUGUUAACGAGUGGCACGGCCGAAAAGACCCGAACGCCCACGAAUGCUUCACAUCAAGUAUACGUACGAUCGCUUGCUCAGCACCAGUACUCAGUAGCGCCAGUACUAGCAACAACAAUAACAAUAACACUAAAGCAAUAACGAAACGGAAAACAGAAAUGUUCCUCUUCUAACGGUCUCAGUGAAUUUUGUAAUUGGUCAUCACCAAGUGAGAGAGAGGGAAUUGUCGCAGCGAUUGCGAUUACGGGUCUGGUCGCCAAACGCGCCGCAGUAAAAAAGUUUCGGCGGAAAAACACUUGCCUCUGGUCGAUUCGCGUGUUUAGACGCGCAACUUCCAUAGAACUUUCAAAAAUCAGAAAAACAUCUAACAAGUGUUCAGCAAUCGCCACAAAUAUCAAACCCACUUUGGAUUACUUUUCGCAGUCGAAGAGGACUCAAAAACUGCAUUUUGCGGAUUUUUCUGAUCAAAUUUAUGGCGAGCUCAUCGAACUUAGGCUAGAAAACUGAGGGCUGGUAAAAAUAUAUCACAGUCCUCAAGUUGACUACUUGAAAUGGAUACUUCAGACAGAGGCAAAACUUACCCAGAAAUAUGUUAAUAAACAAAUCGGAGUGCGGCUGAGGAAUCUAGAGAAAAGCUUACAGUUGCUUUAAAUUUAAAAAGACACCAAACCCAAGCUCUCCAACUCCAUAAAUUUACUCAACCACAUCCAACAUGGUUUACUAUUCCGCCAACCAGCUGCUCAUAAAAACGGAACAAUCUAGUCAGGCGCAGUUCUGUCUUCAGGUGCCGCCCCCGCUGACGGCGAGGACCGCGAGUGUAGACCUUGGAUUGCCGCCGUCCAGUGGCCAGCAAGAGCAGUUCGAGCUGCUGCAGACGCCACAGCAGCGGCAACUGCAACUGCAGCUGCAGGAUCAGCAUCACCAGGAGCAGCAGCAGUUCGUCAGCUACCAACUGGCAAUCCAGCAGCACCAAAAGCAGCAGCAACAUGAAAGUAUUACGACGACUGCUCCAACGCCGGUCACAGCAGCUCAGCCGAUCAAGACGGAGCCGACCGGCCUAUUUCCGGCGGCAGCAGCUGUGUCCCAGGUGCGCAAACCGAUCGCCAACAAGCCGCAGUUCAAGUGCGAUCAGUGCGGCAUGACUUUUGGCAGCAAGUCGGCCCACACCUCGCACACCAAGUCGCACGCCAAGAACGCCGACCUCUCGCUAAACGCUGGAGUGGGCGCUGGAGCCGCUGCGUCCGCCUCAACGACGGCCAAAGAGAUGAAUGAUGCGGGUCUUCCGGUUGGCAUACCCAAGAGCCCGACCAUCAAGCCCCUGGCCAACGUGGCUGCCGGAGCCGAUCCGUAUCAGUGCAACGUGUGCCAGAAGACAUUUGCCGUUCCUGCCAGACUGAUCCGCCACUACCGUACCCACACCGGCGAACGUCCGUUCGAGUGCGAGUUCUGCCACAAGCUGUUCAGCGUAAAGGAGAACCUGCAGGUGCACCGGCGCAUCCACACCAAAGAGCGGCCGUACAAGUGCGACGUGUGCGGACGGGCCUUCGAGCACUCCGGGAAGCUGCACCGCCACAUGCGCAUACACACCGGCGAGCGUCCUCACAAGUGCUCCGUGUGCGAGAAGACGUUCAUCCAGUCCGGCCAGCUUGUGAUCCACAUGCGUACGCAUACGGGCGAAAAGCCGUACAAGUGCCCGGAACCGGGCUGCGGAAAGGGCUUCACCUGUUCCAAGCAGCUCAAGGUGCACUCCCGGACGCACACCGGCGAAAAGCCCUAUCACUGCGACAUCUGCUUCCGGGACUUUGGAUACAACCACGUGCUGAAGCUGCACCGUGUGCAGCAUUACGGCUCCAAGUGCUACAAGUGCACCAUUUGCGACGAGACCUUUAAGAGCAAGAAGGAGAUGGAGGCGCACAUUAAGGGGCACGCCAACGAGAUUCCCGAAGAUGAGGCGGAGUCAGCAGCGCCGUUGCCAUCCGUGGGCUCCUCUUCCGGGUCGCCGUCCUUGCAAGGAGUUGGCAGCACCUCUGAGAGCAGCAACCACUCGCCGCCCAGCUCGCCACCGGUCACAAAGAAGGCCCGCCAGGCACGUCAGCCGCGUGGAUCCAAAGCCGGGCCAGCAGCACUUUCCAUUGCUUCUUCCUCGCCACUCUCUCCCAGUUCGCUCAGCUCCACGUACUCGCCAUCGGCCAGCAGCCUGGCCUCGCCUCCACCCACGUCGGCCCACUACCUGCCCGCCCAGAUGGAGACGGAUGCCUUGAGCCGGGACAGUGGUGUAUCAAGCGCUCAACCGGCGCACAGCUAUGCGGACGAGGAGCUGCCCACGGACUUGAGCAUGCAACAGGGUCAGGCGCCAGUGCAGACUAUAGGAUACUACCAGGCCCCUCAGGGUCUUGUGGAGCUUCAGCCGCAAGCCCCUCAGGGUCUUGUGGAGCUUCAGCCGCAAGCCUCGGGGACCACGAUUAAUCCCGCCCUGCUCGAAGCAGCUAAUAUGGCGCGUCGCCAUCACGACGACCAGGUCCAGGAUGAAGACGUACACGCAGCCGCAUGGCAAAUGAUGCAGCUCCGCCGUGGUCACAACUUACCUCCCACGGAGACGCAGACGCAGACCCAGCAGCAACAGGUGCCCACCCUACAUGUCAGUGAUCUCGCGGCCAACUACGAUGACACCCAUGAAGCCACCAUGCUGAUCGAGCACUUCAAAAGGGGCGAUCUCGCUCGCCACGGACUGCACAAGGGCUAUGCGCCGGUCCCCAAAUAUGAAUCCGCUCUACCCAAUCCGGAUAUCGUGCGACGCGUGGAGGCGGCAAUUGGACUACGGUCCAGCACGGAGUCCCCAGAGCGGAGUUCCUCGCCAGAAAGCGACUCCCUGAUGAUGGCCGACCGCAAUGUGAUGACCCUGCCGCUGCGCAAGCGCAAACACUACAUGAACAAGGGCGACGACGGCCAGGUAGAGUCUGAAAAGGCUCUGGGGGCUGGUGGGGAUGGCCCCGCCCCCGCCAGUGCCGCCGCUUCCGUUGGCGCCGGGGAGGGACCUGGGGGCAAGGUGAUAAGAAUGAGCUCGGUCAUUCAAUUCGCUAAGGCCUCUUAGGGGUGCAAGGCAUCUCCCCAAUCAGCAUUAAGACUGUCCAAGCAAAUUCUAACUGAAAUUAGUUUAAGGUUUUUCUCUGAAGUUUGAGGUUAGGCCAAAAAUAAACGAAGAGGUAUAAAGCAGAGGGAUUGUUUUCGACCACCGAAAAUAUAAAAUGCCAAAAGUAUUAUAAAAAUAUAAAAUUUCUUUUAAAAUUACUAUUACUUUUUUUAUUGGAACUCAAGGUGACUGGUCCAAUUUUUGUUAAAUGUUUGAUUUUAAAAUAGGUUUCCAAGAUUGUAAUAUUUUCAUUUUAUUUUGGCAUAUAUAGUUUGUUUUCCUGUGUUGCCACUUAGUCAAAUUGCAGCAAUUGGCAUUAUGCAUUAGCAUAACUAAGAUAAAAUUAAAUAAGAUCAUUUAACAAGUUCCAACCCUAAACCGUACACAUUAACAAGUUAUGUGCAUGAUUACACAAAUAAUAAAGGAUGCAAAAGGCCACAUUGGCACUUAAUGUUUAUAAAUACACAUAAUACUUAUUUAUUAUUGUAAUAAAUUCUGCUCGCCAAACUAUUUCCUUCUCCUCCACCAAUAGUGUCAGCGCCAUCUUAGACAUUAUGAACCCAUCAUUUUAUAUGCAUUUUAUAUUUUAUAUAUAACGGCACAUAGACAUUAAAUAAGAAAGUAAUAAUCACGGAUUGGUAAUAUUAGUUUUACAAACGGAGAACAUUGAACUGAUAAAAAUGAAGAAAGCAAGCAUAAUUAGGUUUAUACAUUUUCAAACGAGAAGAUAACAAUUAAAAUUAAGUGCGCCAGAACAUAAUUUUUAUAAACGAAGGUUAAAUAUUAAGGUCUAAAUUGUAAAAUAUUGCAAGAAACAUCGCAAAUGAAAUCAGAAAGUCAAUAAACAAGCGUGUAAUACAAAAUA